CACUAGUCCCCCCGCGUCAUUUCUGGAUCCUUGUCUUCCUUCGUGAAGCUAUAGACACCUCCGCAGAUUUUAGACAUACACACAUCCUUUUUUCACAACAUGGUAGAGACAGGUCUUCCGGCAGGUUGGGAGGUUCGCCACUCCAACUCUAAGAACCUUCCCUACUACUUCAACCCUAUGACGAAAGAGUCUCGCUGGGAGCCGCCGGCCGACACAGAUACAGAGAAGCUCAAGUUCUACAUGGCCAACUACCACAGCGGACCCGCAGGACGCUCUGAUGGAAACGGUCACAAUGAGGGCAAGAUUCGCUGCAGUCAUCUUCUCGUUAAGCACAGGGACAGUAGGCGUCCCAGCAGCUGGAGGGAAGCUGAAAUCACCCGUUCGAAAGAGGAGGCUAUCGAGAUCCUCAGAAGCCACGAGGCGCGCAUCAAUGCGGGAGAAGCCAGUCUGGGUGACAUUGCUGUAUCGGAGUCCGACUGCAGCAGUGCUAGGAAACGUGGAGAUCUGGGCUUCUUUGGACGGAAUGAGAUGCAGAAAGAGUUUGAGGACGCCGCCUUUGCACUCCAGCCUGGUCAGGUCAGUGGGAUUGUGGAGACGGCCUCUGGUGUCCAUUUGAUUGAACGGGUUCAGUAAAUUUCUUUGAAUGACAUAUAUACUACGUGUAUUUACUUGGAAG